CCUGGGAGCCACAUUAGAAGAAACACCGCUCAGGAGAGAGUGAGGGAGAGGUAGAGAGAGGAAGAGGGAGAGUGAGAGAGAGGCACAUACAGAUAGAGAGAUCAAGUCAGAAAGAGACAAAGAGAGAAAGGGAGAAAAGAAGCUAAAGCAAACUGGAUUUACAAUGGGAAUCUGACACAGAGUAUUUUAUGAAUUGAGGACAUAUCCACACCAUAAGAAUUAUUUAAUGAAACUUUGUAUGGGAGCCCGGGAACAGGACUUCUACCAGAGGAGAUCAUGGGAAGUCCAGCCCCUGCCGUGUUCCUCAACAACGUGACAGGGGAGGUGAACGCCUCGGGGUCGGGCCCGGGCCAGGAUGGCGACGAGGCCGGGUACAGCGAGGUGCAGAUGGUCCUGCUGGGCAUGGUCAUGGCUCUGCUAGUGCUGGGCAUCGUCUUCGGCAACAUCCUGGUCAUCACGGCCAUCGCCCGCUUCCAGAGGCUCCAGAACGUCACCAACUGCUUCAUCACGUCGCUGGCCUGUGCCGACCUGGUCAUGGGGCUCAUCGUGGUGCCUUUCGGCGCCUGCUACAUCAUCCUCAACACCUGGCACUUUGGAAGCUUCUGGUGCGAGUUCUGGACGGCGACCGACGUGCUGUGUGUGACGGCCAGCAUCGAGACACUCUGCGUGAUCGCUCUGGACCGCUACCUGGCCAUCACCUCUCCUUUCCGGUACCAGUCGCUGCUGACCAAGUGCAAGGCCCGGGUGGUUGUCCUGCUGGUGUGGGUGAUCGCGGGCCUCAUCUCCUUCCUGCCCAUCCACAUGAAGUGGUGGACGUCGGACGACCUCAAGGCGCAGCAGUGCAUCAACAACACCAACUGCUGCGAGUUCAACACCAACGCGGCGUACGCCAUCACCUCCUCCACCGUCUCCUUCUACAUCCCCCUGGUCGUCAUGGUGUUCGUCUACAGCCGCGUCUUCCAGGAGGCCAAGCGGCAGCUCCGGAAGAUCGACCGCAGCGAGGGACGCUUCCACCACGCCCACAACAACAACGCCGCCGCCGGGGCUCUGGAGAGCAACGACAGCCGAGGGGCCAAGAAGGUCAAGUUCUGCCUGAGGGAGCACAAGGCCCUGAAGACCCUGGGCAUCAUCAUGGGGAUCUUCACCCUCUGCUGGCUGCCCUUCUUCCUCCUCAACGUGGUGAUGGCCAUCUGGAAGGUGGAGGGCAUCGACCUGACCUUCCGGAUCCUGAACUGGAUCGGCUACGCCAACUCCGCCUUCAACCCUCUCAUCUACUGCCGGAGCCCCGAGUUCCGCUACGCCUUUAAGGAGAUCCUGUGCUUCAAGAGGAGUCGCUUCCCCAACCUGGGACCCAACAACGGAUAUGUGUACAGUGGGCACAGCUGGCAGAGCGAACAGCAGGGUAGGAGUAAGGGCAGCUCGGAGGACAGUGACCCCGCUGAGGGAAGUCUUGGGAAGGGGGAGAGGAGCUGCGAGAGGGUGCUGACGGACAGAGCCACCGACCCGAACGGGAACUGCAGCAAGGGUCUAACCACGGUUCUUUAACCUUCCGCCCGCCGGACCCGAAGGGACUAUUUACCAUGUGCUUUCACUGCGGCAGAGGGACUAACUAAACACUUGCGUGCUUUUUUUCCCUCCGAGUGCUGAAGGUAAGACUGGCGGACAAGGCAAAGAGUGGGGUUUCUGGUAGGUGGGUGGAGAUAGAGACAUGGGUGGGGCUGUGGGGGGGGGGGGGGUGUUACAUAAUCCAAGAGGUUGACAGGUAGACCAUUUUUGAUACGUUUUUUGUUUUGUUUGUCUGUUUGUUUUGUAUACAGAGAGUGAUUCUGUUGAUUUUUACAUCUACCUCAGCAUAUGGUUUCUUUUUCUUCUUCUAUCAUUCAUCUGAACGUGUCAUGGUGAUUCACUGGCCAAAGCAACCAAGCUCGACUGACGCAGUCUUUAUCAUUAGUUUAAGGGAAGCCUAUACUCCCUAACCUUAGAGAGCGUGGGAGAGAUGUACACAAGGAACACAUUCUAAACCUGGUUGGUACUCUCUCUCAACUGUCAACUGAAGACUAACAUUCCUGCAGCAACGGCAGAAUGCUUUGAAAGGGGUGGAGUUUUUUUUUCCCCCUUGAUAAAAUUCUUUGCAUUUUUUAUGUACAUCUUUAAUUUCUACUGUGAGUAAGACAAGCGACGACAGGUGCAGUGGAACUAGUCUCUCUGCCGUGUGUCUCUGCUGCCAACGUUUACGCCACAAACUGUCGAGCGACACUCCCAAUGCAGCGACCUAUUGUUUUAUAUAACCUGUUGCGGAGGAGUAUCGGUUGCCAUCGACUACAACUCGAGAGACGUGUACAUUCACUGAAUAUUUGAAAUAAUCACCGCACUUCAGUGGUGGCAUUGAGGGACGGCUUGGGGCCAAUUCACAAUUCAUUUGGUUGUUUUAGGUUAUACAAUAGGAUAAGUCAGACAGAGUCCUUUCACUAACUGUCCCUCUGGAGAGAAAUCAUAUUACAGGUUUACCAGUCGGCAAAAGUAUAAUAAUUUGGGAAGGUUAAGCUGAAUACAGAAUCUCUUUUCUUGUGUACUGUCGGCACACAGCUUGUCAUUUGAAUAGCUUAUGCAAUUUUGAGCCUUGCUAAUUUAACGGACCAUUACGUCCAUCACUGAUUCACUUUCAUCAUGUGCCCCAUCAACUCUGUACGCCCCCUCCCUCAACACAGGAGCCCUGCUUGUCUCUCACAGGUCUCUCUCUGUUGAUGAGAUGUGCCGUUGUCGUUGUGUUCAGGCAGACGCAGUGUUUACUGAAACCAGAGGAGCAGUUUCAUUCGCUAGGGAAGGAGUGGAUAAACUGCGACUGAAUAUCAAACAGGAUGAAAAUAGGCCAGAGAUAACAAAGUCCCUGAACAGAAGGUUCUGACUUCUGAACCCAUUAAACAUAAAUGGAAGGACAGGUCCGACAGUUCUGAUUGGACUCUGGCUGACUAACUGCCCUGUUGACGUUUCAUAAAAGUGUGGACGUUAGGAAGAUCAUCACAUGGUCCAGAGAGAUACCGACCACUACUUUGCUUAGUUUCACCGGCCGCUUCUGUAUGUCUCUCUCCACACCCUCUCCCUCUUUCUCUCAUGCUCACCCUCUUAGUCUCUCCGUCGUUCUCUCUACUUCUCGCCAAUCUCCCUCUCUCUCCAUUACUCUCUCUCUCUCUCUCUGGCUUGUUCUACUUAAUGAAGUUAGUUUCCUCCAUGGCUUCUCUCUCUUCAUCCCUCUAACCUCUCCUCCUUCUCUGUCCCUGUCUUCUGUCAACUCUGGCUUCUCCCUCCACGGUGGCUUGCGCUCUUCAGGAAAUGCCUCAGUCCAGAAUCAGUCCAUUAUCUCUGCAGUUCAGCCGCACAAUCCAACGACUCCCCCCCCCCCCCCCCCCACUCCCCCAACCCCCAAAUCAUCGUCCUGGACAGAUUUCCAGAUUAGGGAGAGUCACGUUUUCAGAGUGCAGGCUGGCAGGACCCUUGCAGGGACAGAGCUGCUCUGAUACCUUACUCCCAGUCCGGAGUCACAUGGGGAGGAUAUCUGGUAUCGUUUUAGCCGCGGCCGUCGGCUCUCGAGAGCGACAGUUGAUAACAGGGGUUUCCGAUUUAGACGUGACCCGAGUCUCCCGCGUCCAGGAGGAGGGGGGGGGGGGAGGCAUGCGUACCGGGGAUGGGGUUUCAUGGGUAAUCACCUUCCCCCCAGUGGGGCGCGUGGUCUGUAGGAUGCUGAGAUCAAAGUCGGCGCGCGCUAAAUGUGUCCACUAUUCGGCCCGGGGGGGUGGGGGGUGGGGGGGUGGUGGUGGGUGCUUCUCUGGCAGUCUAUAUGAGUGUUGGUGACCUGUGCUUUUGUGCGCGUGGCGUUCCGUUUCAGAAGCGCGGCAAGCUCAAAAUUGGGAACGUUGUUCCUGCGGAGGAACCUGUGCUGCAGCUUCAGGCCAGCUGGCAGGGCGGUGCGUGAAAGAAAUGUCGAGAUACUGUACGUCACUGUGCUGCGCAAGUUGUUUUCUUGUGCGUGAGUGUGUGUGUGUUUAGGCAGGUUAGUGGGGAGGGCGUAUACUGUAUUUUUGUAUGAAUAAAAACAUAUGGGUUCAUUGUCAAGUGGAAUGUUAUGUACAAAGUAUUUGAUACUAUGUGUCACUAUCAUGCUGUAAAACUUGUAAAGAAAAAAGAUUACAAUGACAUGCGUAAUUUCAGGGGUAAGACACAAAGCCUAUGUUUAAAAUAAGGAUACUUUGAAUACUUCCCACCCCCAGUACUAACGGUGGGUGCGUUUCACUGUGUUUGUGCCUCUGUGGGUUCUGUGCUUCAUUCUUUGUGCCAAACUGAUGUUGUUCCUUCGAUGUAAGUGGAAGAGGUUAUGAACUCUGCUUCCACACUGCUCUCUCCUGGCCAGGGCAAAGCCCUGCACCUGUGUCUGAGGGCUUUCCAUCAAAGUAAGGCUUUCUCGCAUGAGGUGUCGGAAAGGAAGGUGUCUAACUCCGACCAGGCGUCAGGAGACGAUAGCGCUCGGUGCGAUGAUUUCGAAACAAACAAGUUGACUCUGCAACAUUCCAAACGCAACUCAAGAGUGUGAGGAGAUGCGUACCCGCCGGGUUACUUUCCCUCCCCUCCCACACUCACACACGCUCACACGCGCACUCACUGUACAUACAGCACUCCCUACAUAGUGAAUCCAUUUAAUGUAAAUAAUGUCAUCGUGGCAUUUUGUGAAAUGUGAAUCAUGUGAACAAAGUGUAAUGACUGCAGCGAAGCUGUUCAGAUCUUUUAGACACGAGCCAUGUUGACUGCGCUGACACGCGUGCACUCCCAAGGUCAAAUUCCAUUUUACUUGAGUGUUAUUUCUCGUCCAACUCAAGCCCUCACGGUUCACGUGUGAGAUCUUCAGUGUCUUGUAGCGCACCGCUAUCCAUGAAAGACAUUGUCCUUGGGAAACAGCUUGAAACUUAGUAGCUAAAGCUCAUUUGUGGAGUAAACAGAGUAAAACAUCACACUUAAAACCUGUUAGGGGCUUUAGCAUCAUGGCCUGAGUGAAUAUGUUGUAUCAGUUGAACGUUUACUGUAUGUUUCCUUUUCGAGCUGUUUUCACACAGUAUUGGUCACGUUUUUUUAUUUUAUGAAAUGUCGUGAAAUGUGUGCAGUUGUCCUGUGGUAUUUAUGAGGAAAAAAAAACAAGUGUAGUAUGACAUUUGUAUUGGAGUAAUAAAUGAAGUAUUUGUUCCA